AGUUCAGGGGGCAGCCCCACCGCCAGCUCCCGAGGCCCCAGCACCUGAGCCUCCAGCUCCUCAGCCAGGGGCGGAGGAUAGGGCCAUGAGAGAUGCAGUUCAGCUGCUGACCAGAUUAGUGGCAGGGCAGGCUCGCAGGCAUGGACUAGGAGUUGACCAUGCGGAUAGAUCUGAUAGUUUGAGGAUGCAGCGUACAUUGAGGAUAAUCAAGGCUUCUGAGACUGAGUCUGUUGAGUUGGCUUCGUAUCGGUUGCGGGAUGUAGCUGUUAAUUGGUAUGAGUCUUGGGAGUUAUCUAGGGGCGAGGGUGCUCCUCCAGCGGUAUGGGAUGAGUUUGUGGAGGCCUUCCUUAGCCACUUCCUACCUCCAGAGAUGAGGCGAACUAGAGUUGAUAGAUUCUUACAUUUGAGGCAGAGUGGCAGGAGCGUUCUAGAGUAUAGUCUUGAGUUUGAUUCGUUGGCUAGAUAUGCGCCUACUAUUGUAGCUGAUAUGGCAGAUAGAGUGCAUCGUUAUGUGAUGGGACUGGAUCGUUAUUUGAUUGAUGGUUGUAUGGCAGUGGCUCUUCAGCCAGGUAUGGAUAUUGCUCGGGUACAGGCAUAUGCACAGGGGGUAGAGGAUCGACACAGAGGACGUCAGCCAGAUAGAGAUCACGACAGAGGCCAGCAUAAGAGGGCUAGAUCGGCUGGUUAUCCUGGUGAGUUUCGAGGCAGGCAGCCUCAGCAGCAUAUUAGAUAUUCUUCCCAGCCAGCACGGAGUGCACCCCCACAGUUCACAGGUAGGAGAUUUGACAGCACAGGGUAUUCAGGAGCCGGUCAGAGCUCCAAGGCUUCAGGUUCACAGAUGAACAGGGGUUCGAGUCAGUCGAGGCCACCUUUGCCUCGGUGUUCUCGGUGUGGAAGGCCCCAUUUUCAAAUGCCGUCUUACUACGGGUGCUUGUUUUUCUUGCGGCCGUCGGGGCCAUAUGAAGAGGAGAGUGUCGUUAUGGAGAUGGUACGGUGGUGUGGCUCGACCCUCUUUGGAUCGAUUCUUCGGUUCAUCUUUUUCGUAGCUAUGCGCCCUAUGGGGCGGUAG